AUGACCACCUCACAUAGACCACAACUUGAGGCUCGCAACGGUGCAAAGGGAAGUUACGUUCCGACCAGUAUUCAGCAUGCCAGGUUGCUUCCGGGACAUACGAAGCUGAAGUAUAGAAAACGCAAGCUCGAGAAUGACGAUGAGGUGUUAGGAUCCAAGAAGCUUGGGAAAAGUGCGAUGGGACAGCCUGAAGAUGAAAGAGCUAAGACGGGAGAGGAAGAAAAUUCAAAAAUCGCUGAAUCUUCGAAGAAAUUUGAUGAUGGGUUGGAUGAUGAAGGCCAGAGGCCAGAAACAGAAGAAGAAGACCAGGAAGAAGAAGACCAGGAAGAAGAAGACCAGGAAGAAGAAGAGGAAGAGGAAGAGGAAGAGGAAGAGGAAGAGGAAGAAGAAGAAGAAGAUCAGGAAGCUCUUCUUGAAGAGCUGCAUAAAAUACGACAGGAAAGAAUGGUGAAAAAACUGAAAGAGGACCGUGAGCGACAAGACGAAAACCCUGAAAUUCAUGCUGUUGAAAACAAUCCAACUGGUCGCAAAAGCUGGCGUUCACAAACUGUUUUCGGUCGGCAAAAAUCCGAAAGACCGUCUAAACAGUCCAGUGAUGACUCCAAGCUUAACUACACCAACGAUAUGACUCGAAGUAGUUUUCAUCAUGACUUUAUGCGCAAAUACGUCAGAUAG